AUGAUAUUCUAUUUAAAUUUACUCCACAUCAAUAAUCAUCAAAAUAAUCCAUUGAAUUCAACAUUUUUAUCGUUAUGGCCGACAAAUAUUAUUCGUGAAACAAACGAUGAUUACGAAAGUUUCGAACGUAUUCAACGAGAAGAAGAACGACAACAAACAACCGAUAAAUAUCAACAGCAAGGUGAAAUUAACCUCUCUCACAACAAAAUCAAUCAUUUGGGAACGAGGCAAAUGGCCGACAAUAUUAAUUCCAGUAAUGAACAACGACAAUUCAGCGCAGGAGGAAACGGUGGUAAUGGUUCCAAUAAUAACUCUAUAGUUCAUCGCAAAAAGGCUAAUAAUAAUAGUGGCAAUGGAGGUGAUUUGACUGCUUCGCCAAAAUAUAAUAAAUUGAAUGCACGUGGUUACAAUCGAGAAAUUCAACAGCAACAAAAGCAAAAUCGAGGAAAUUCUAAUCGAGGACAACGAAAUGUGAAUAGUGGAAACGCAAAAUAUCGAACUCAAGGGCAACAGAACAAUGCUAAUAGUGAACAUGGUGAUUAUUUUGAUUAUGUUGAUGUGGACGGAGAUGAUGAUGGAUCAACUGAAAUGUUCGGUUUGGAUGAAUCACUUAUUGGCAAACAAAAUAGUGGGAGCAGUGCAAAAAAGACCAAUAUGAGUCAUUUACUCAACUUUCAUUAUCGUGAUAAACAACGCAAUAAUAUACGUGGAAAUCGACGAUCUUCUAAUUCGAAUUAUUAUUUUAAUAAUAAUAAAUGGUCAUCGAAUGGAAACUCGACCUAUCGACAAUCAUUUUCGAAAGAACAAUUUCUUCAAGCAAAUUGUCAAUUUGUUGUUCAAUCAGGUGUUGCUGAUUAUUCUGUGCAUUUUGCUGAUCCAGAUUUAGCAAUUGAUUGGUCACAUGUCGAACAAGUUCGUCUUCAUUCAAUGCAACCACUGAAAUGUCCCAUAUGUUUAUCUGAGCCUCACGCAGGCAAAAUUACACGUUGUGGGCACGUUUAUUGUUGGUCAUGUCUCUUACAUUACUUAGCAUUGAGCGAUAAACCUUGGCGAAAGUGUCCUGUUUGUGCUGAAUCGAUUUACAAAGACGAUAUUCGAAGUGUUCGAGGUAUUGUUUCUCGCUCAUUAAAAGCAGGUGAUUGGAUUACAUUUCGUUUAAUGUGUCGUGAACGUGGUUCAGUUCUUUUCUACCCACGGAAUCAUUUUCAAUCAUUGGUUUAUCAACAACAUGAACCUGAAGGAUUAGUUGUAGAUGCAAAUAAACAACAACAUACGCAUCUAUUAUCUGCUAAUGAUGAAACUAUUUUGAAUGAAAUUAUUGAAAAAGAAAAACUCGAACUAUUGAAACAAUUGGAAGAAGAUGGUGAACAACCAGAAGCUUGUUUUAUCAAACAAGCAUUAGAAGAAAACAAUAAGAGAGAACUAUUGAUUCAAGAACGAGUUCAUUUAAGAAAAACUCAUGGUGAAAUCAAAAUCAUACCAACACAACCAAAGAUCGAAGAAAAAUUACAACCAACGAAGCUAACAUUAGUCUAUGAUGAUGCAUUCGAUGAUAUCGUUGCAUCUGGAUCAAGCGAAAAAGAAGCAAUUCAUGAUGAAGAGACAUCAGAUCCGAAUCCACCCGUAUCUUCCGAUACGACUACUUCUCAACCAACAUCCAAUGUUCAACCUCAUCUGCACUUUUUCUAUCAAGCGGAUGGCAUCUUCCAUGCUUAUCUGAAUGGAUUUAAUACUCGAAUGUUAUUGCAUGAAUAUGGUUGUUAUCAACAAUGUCCUGAUGAACUUCACGUUCGAGUUGAAGCAAUUGAAAGUUAUUUUAUGACUGAAGAUGUUCGAUCACAUUUUCGUUCGCUGAGUCAUUUACCAUUGACAUGCGAAUUUCAAGUCAUCGAAGUUCGCCUUCAUCCACCAUUGAUUUCUCCAAUGACAAUGCAAACAUUUGCUGAAGAAUUUCAUCGUCGUCGUCAACUACGAACACGCAAAGAACGUUUAGAAAAACGUCGACAACAACAAGCUGAAUAUGUCGAAAGUCAAAAACUGUUCUCUCAAUAUCCUCCGGAAAUGAUGUAUAUACCUCAAGAAAGUUUUCCUGUCAAUGGAACAAAUUCAAUGGAAGAAUUUCCAGCGAUGAUCAGCAGUGCAACAGCAUCGUCAUCACCACCAUCCGCAUCUGUUCAAUUAUCCGAUGAAAAUUUAUCUCCACCAGCCGGUGUUUCAUUUGCUCAAAUGCUUAAACAACAAGCACCACCAUCUGCGCCUAAACCAGCAUCAACUGCUCAAUCUCUUCCGAUCAAAAGUUCAACAAUCGAAAUGUCGAGCAAAAACAAAAAAUCCAAGAAGAAAAAUAAUCGAGACAGUGAUAACGAUGAACCAUUGAAUGAAGAUGAAGAAUAUUAUGCAUCUGUACCAAAUUUUCAUUCAAGUUUCAGUCUCGAAGGGGUUUUCGAUCGACUAAAACUUGUCAACGGUGAAGAACAUCCAGCAACUGCAAUUGGCGAGGUUCAAACGAACGUGACGAGCAAAAAGAAGAAUAAAAAGACGAAACAAGUCUUAUUCGCAACUGGAUUAGGUGGUCAAGCGAAACUGUGA